AUGACGAACAGCCCACCCGGCAUCUCGACUCACUGGCACUCGUCAUACAGCGGCUCCGAUCAAGCCGCCGGGCCCGAGUCACCAAUAGACCCGACGGCCUUGCAAUCAGCCCUGCCGCCCGAACUCUGGCAGCCUGCAGCCGAGGACCGUCACUUCGAAUUCGCCUCUGUCGACUACCCCGACUCCGAUAGGGUCCCCCUCACCGCCGGAGUCCAGCCCAUCUCUGGCUCCCUCGCCUUCGGCAGCCAUGGCUUGAAACCGCACGACGGCUUCCACGCCAUAUUAAACCUGGGGAACAACUCGACAAGAGAUGGAGACACAAAGGGACUCGGGCUGUCUCUGGACCCUAACCUUGGUUCUGCGCACUACGGCUUGCCCCUCGGCCGCGACGGCCAUCUGAUUUCCCGCUCGCCCUCGAAUGCGGGAGCGCUGCAGCGCGCUGGAUCCAUUGUGAGGGCCAUGUCUCAGCGCGUGGUAAACAUCAGCGGAGAGAGCGAGGUAGCAGAUCGACGGGCUUCGCGUCACCGUUCCUGCUCACCUCAGGGUGCCAGAUACGACCGCGAUCGAAGUCCUACAGGCUCAUUGCUCUUCGAUUCACCCUAUCCGCAACAUACGAAGCAACAAAAGGCACCGACUGAGAAGACUGUCGGUGUCGACCAUGUCACUCGGACCUCGCUUCUUCGCGGACCUUCCCCCAACCCACUCCGGGGUCAUACGCUAGGCCUAUUUUCUCCCAGAAGCCGUGUCAGGUUAUGGCUUUGCGGUCUGCUGGUGCACCCGUAUACAGAACCCGUCAUUCUGCUGCUCAUUGUACUACAAACCGUAUUGCUUGCCGUGGAAUCGGCACCCGACGUCUUCGCCGACGGCAACGGUCGCCCGGUAACGUGGGGCAAGCGACCGAUUGACUGGGCUAUGCUAGGGCUGUUCAUUGUCUUUACGUUGGAGCUGGUUGCUCGCACCAUCGUGUCAGGCUUCAUCCUGAACGCCGCAGAGUACAGCACCAUUGACAGAAAGAUGGGACUGAGAGCUGCCAUUACAGAACAAUACCGCGCCGUGUUCCAACCAGAGCGGCAAAAUUCGGCCAAGGGCAAUCCCCAAGCGGAGCCUCAGCCGUCUGCCUUUACUCGCUCAUUCACGACUAUCAUGCAGGGCCAGCAGGCAUUACCCGAAACGCUCGAGGAGCAGCAGAGGCUGCAACUUGCCCGCCGUGCCUUUUUGCGCCACUCCUUCAAUCGCCUGGACUUCGUAGCGGUCGUCUCGUACUGGAUAUCCUUCACGUUGGGCAUCGCUGGAAUCGAGUAUCGCUAUCACCUCUAUGUCUUCAAGAUGCUCAGCUGCCUGCGUAUCCUGAGACUAUUGGCCCUUACCCACGGAACGGCGAUCAUUUUGAGAAGCUUGAAAAAGGCCGCACCCCUGCUGGUCCGCGUUGCGUUUCUUGUCAGCUUCUUUUGGCUGCUCUUCGCCAUUAUAGGUGUACAGAGCUUCAAGUCGAGUCUCAGCCGGCAGUGCGUUUGGCUGGAUCCUCUGGAACCCAAGAAUCUACAAGCCUCGUUCACCAACGACAUGCAGUUCUGCGGAGGAUACAGGGACAAUGCAACCGGAAACAUCAUGCCUUGGGUGAAGUUCCGCACCUCCGAGUCCCUGGAUGACCUGGUCACCGGCACUGCCAACGGGAAAGGAUUCAUCUGUCCUCGAGGCUCUAUCUGUCUCCAGCAAGAGAGUCCCUUCAACGGAACCCUCAACUUCGACAACAUUUUCCAGUCCCUGGAGCUUGUCUUUGUCAUAAUGAGCGCAAACACAUUCUCCGACUUGAUGUACUACACCAUGGGAUCAGACUUUUUGCAGGCCGCGCUAUUCUUCGGUGCUGGCAUCAUGAUCAUGAUGCUCUGGUUGACGAACCUCUUGAUCGCUGUCAUCACAUCAUCUUUUCAGGUCAUCCGCGAGGAGAGCAAGUCGAGCGCCUUCACAGUGGAUCCUGAGCCUGUAGCACAGAGCGCCCCCGAAGCUAGGUCACGAAGGCCCUCGGCGCUGCAGAGAGUGUACGACAAGACCUACAUAACCUGGAUCAUUGUGAUCGCCUUUGGGCUCCUCUGCCAGUGUUUCCGAAGCUCUAGGAUGUCACAAUCCCGAGAGACGUUCAUCAAUCUGGCCGAGGUGAUCGUCACCAUUAUUCUGGACGUUGAGAUUGUCAUUCGAUUUGCGGCUUACUGGCGGAGAUUCCAUCUCAGCUGGCGCAACCUGUUUGACCUCGGCUUGGCGGUUAUAACCACCAUCAUUGUGAUACCACCGAUUCGCCACUCCCGAGCUUAUCAAUGGCUCAGCGUGUUCCAGAUUCUGCGCGUGUACAGGAUCGUGCUAGCUAUCCCAGUGACGCGGGGGCUCAUCUUCUUGGUGCUGGGAAACGCCGCUGGUAUUGCAAACCUGAUGCUCUUCGUCUUCUUGAUGACCUUCCUGGUGGCCAUCUUUGCUGCGCAACUGUUCAGGGGCGAGAUACCUCUCUACAAUGACCAAAACGAGUUGAAUCGCAUCUCCUUCUCCACGAUAUUCAACUCUUUUCUCGGAAUGUACCAGAUCCUUUCUAGCGAAAACUGGACCGAGAUUUUGUACUCUGUCACCUCCUACACAACAGAUCGCAAAACCGCUUGGAUCGGCGCGGUAUUCUUCAUCGGCUGGUUCAUUCUUUCAUUCUUUAUCUUGGUCAACAUGUUUAUUGCUGUCAUUCAGGAGAAUUUUGACGUUUCCGAGGACGAGAAGCGCUUAGAGCAGGUCAAAGCUUUCCUGCAAAGAAAAGAACUGGGCCACGCAUCCAGCAACAUAGCCCUUUCCACCAUUUUCAGCUUUGGGCGGUCACGCCGACGCAAAGAUCCUCUAGACUAUGGGCCUGCUAUGAUGGAAAUGCUUCUAAAGGACGCCGUCGUACGCGAUUUCCUGAACGAUGACCCAACAGAUCCCCUCCAAGAGCACGGGGGCAGGGGUCCCGUCCCGCAAAGGAGCGCGACAAGUAUCUUGGGGACCAAUGUUAAGCCGGGACUUCUCUCCGAGCUUUGGGGAAGGCUUGUGCGGCAUUUGAGUGAAAAAGAACCGAAUCCGUUCUAUUCCAACAUCCGAUUCGACGGCCCCAAUGACACCCUCGACCCACGCCAAAUGGCGCGUCAAGCUGUCUCGGCAACAUCGGCUCGGCGCAAAGCUCAGCGAGAGUAUCUUGCCCGCCAUCCAAGAUACAAUGACUCGCUAUACAUAUUCCGACCCAAGAGCUCCCUUCGGCAUCUUUGCCAAAGGCUAGUGGGGCCCGCAAGGGGCAUGGAGAGAUUCGACGGGGUUGAACCCAAUAAGAUUGCCUGGUAUGCCGUCUCCGUCUUCACCUAUGCCGUGGUGGUGGCGAUGGUGGUCCUGGCGUGUGUCACAACCCCCCUCUACCAGAAGGAAUAUCGGGAGAAACACCCAGACGUCGUUUGGAACUGGUUCGUGUGGACCGACUUGGCCUUUGCCCUAGUCUUCACAGUUGAGGCCAGCAUCAAAGUCAUCGCGGAUGGGUUCAUCUGGACACCCAACGCUUAUCUGCGAAGCUCGUGGGGCAUCAUAGACGGUGUUGUCUUGGUGACCCUAUGGAUCAACGUGGUGACCCUGCUUAUCAACGACGGCGCCAUAUCCCGGGCCGUUGGGGCAUUCAAGGCCCUACGAGCCCUUCGCUUGCUGAACGUCAGUGACAGCGCCAGGGACACAUUCCAUUCACUCAUUAUCGUUGGGUGGUGGAAGCUCCUGGGUGCGGCAUUCAUAUCACUCUCUCUCCUGAUACCUUUCGCCGUUUACGGGCUGAAUCUAUUCAACGGGUUGAUGGUGAUAUGCAACGAUUCUGACGGCAUCUCUACCCUCGAUGGUUGCUUCGGCGAGUACAGCAGCACCCCCUUCAAGAGCGAGUGGCCGAUGCUGGCGCCUCGGGUUGCGUCAAAUCCCUAUUUCGAUUUUGACGACUUCGGAUCUUCGCUCUUCACGCUCUUCCAAAUCGUGAGCCAAGAGGGCUGGACGGACGUGUCUUUCGCCGCACAGGGCAUUGUGGGACGAGGAAUGCAACCCCAAAGCCUCGUCGCUCAGGGCAAUGCCCUCUUCUUUGUUGUUUUCAAUCUCAUGGCGACUGUCUUUGUCCUGACUCUAUUCAUCUCGGUUUUCAUGAGAAACUACACGGAGCAGACGGGCGUCGCCUUUCUCACCUCUGAACAGCGGUCCUGGCUCGAGCUGCGCAAGUUGCUACGGCACAUUUCGCCGUCCAAAAGCUCAUACGGUGAUUCGGAGAGGGCGUGGAAGAAAUGGUGCCACAAGAGGGCCAUAGAGAAGCGAGGCAAGUGGUACCAGGCCAUUACCGUCGUGCUUGUUUUGCAUCUGCUCCUUCUGGUGGCCGAGUUCAGGUCGGAGCCAUUAUGGUGGAUAGGAACACGCGUGUUUGUGUUCCUGCUGUUUAUGCUCAUCUACUUGAGCAACAUUACCCUUCGAAUCAUCGGCCUGGGGUGGGCUCGCUUUCGACGAAGCUCCUGGGACCUAUACUCCCUGAUCGCAGUGUCAGGCGCCUUCGUGGCAACCAUGACGCUCUUGAUUGCCGACACCAAAACAGAAACUUACGUACAGCUGCACAAGUUCUUUCUUGUCGCCAUCGUCCUUUUGCUGAUUCCGCGCAAUGACGCGCUGGAUCAGCUCUUCAAGACAGCCGCAGCAAGUCUGACGACGAUUGGCAAUCUGUUGGCCACAUGGCUGGUCUUCUUUCUCGUCUUUGCCAUUGCCAUGACUCAGGCCUUCAGCCUGACGCGCUUUGGGGGAGAGGAAACUAGCAACAUCAACUUCCGAAGUGUUCCGAAAGCGCUCAUUCUGCUUUUCCGAAUGAGCCUCGGAGAAGGCUGGAACAAGAUCAUGGAAGACUACGCCGAGAUCGAGCCUCCGCUAUGUGUCGAGCAAAGCAGGUUUUCCGACAGCGAUUGCGGCAGCAAGGCCUGGGCGAGGGGUCUCUUCGUGUCGUGGAACAUUGUGAGCAUGUACAUUUUCGUGAACCUCUUCGUCUCUCUCAUCUACGAGAGUUUCAGCUACGUCUACCAACGCUCUAGCGGCGUGGCCGUUGUCGACAGAGACGAGAUACGGCGGUUUAAGGAAGCCUGGCGAAGCGUCGACCCCGCCGGGACUGGCUUCAUCACCAAGGAAGCAUUCCCACGUCUGCUGGGGGAACUGUCUGGCGUCUUCCAGAUGCGAAUCUAUCAGCCCGAGGAUUCGGUGCGGCAGAUUCUCGACGACGUGCGGGAGGAUGCCCAAGCUGCGCGGCACAUGUCGAUGGCAACAACGAGCGCGUACAGCGAGAUUGACAUUGACAGGCUGAACAAACGGCUAGCCUUGCUAGACGUGGACAAGAUUCGGGAACGGCGCCGACGAUUCAAGAUUUUUUUCGGAGAAGUCUUGGCAUCCGCCGACCCAGACAAGGGCAUUGCUUUUUCAGACGUCCUAAUGAUAGUCGCCCACUACAACAUCAUCAAUGACAGCAAAAGCCUCAAGUUGGAAGAGUUUUUGCGGCGACGAGCCAGGCUACAGCGCGUAGACGAGGAGAUACGGCGCAAAGUGGUUCAGGGUUUCUUCGACACGCUAUAUUGGACCAGGAAGUUUAGGAAGCACAUGGAACGCAAAUACGCAUCGCGAAUGUCUGGAGCACCAGAACUGACCAUUCCGGACAUCUUGGUGGACGCCGAUGACAAUGACGACGAUGGCAGAAACCCAUUCAAGCCAGAAGAAGGAUCUGCGGUGCGGUGGACGCACUUGAGCGUCGGCGAAGGCGCCGGGCAUGAGACAAGGCCCGGCAGCGCAGCGGGGGCAGCGAAUGAAGGCUCGGAACACCAGCACCCGCUGAGCCGACCUCGAUCGCCGCCGCCGACGAUGCCGCAUCAAGGCGCAACAUCAGGCUUCAGCUUCGAACUGUACGAACCGGAAGGGCGGCAGCAGGGACAGGGAACGGGACGAGACAGUCUGGUGAGCCCAUCGCAGGCCCGGGACAUGCUGGACGAUUCUGUGUGGAUGGAGAGCAUUAGGCGCAGCGUGACGCUUCGCAGGCCCGAGAGGGGGUCGCCCAGAUACGGAGACGAGGACUGA